AUGGCUUUCUACAUCAAAUUUUUCAUGACAAACACUCACAUGCUAAUGGCUCAUAGUGUGAGACUCGGCAGGGCUUUACUUCACAUAUUUGCUUUGUCAUUUCUGGACAUUCUUGAAAUAAGCAAUGGCUCAGAGAGUGACAUCUACUGCUUGAGGUCCAUUAAAGAUUCAUUAGAAGACCCCCACAACUUCUUGAAAGAUUCAUGGUACUUCAACAACAAUACCGCGGAUUUCAUCUGUGAAUUUGUUAGGGUUGAAUGUUGGCACCCAGAUGUGAAUGAGGUCUUAAAUAUCCAACUCAGUCACAUGAUGCUCAAGGGCCAUUUUCCUCGUGACAUUGAGCACUGCACACAUUUAACAGGGUUAGACCUCUCUGCUAAUGAACUUUUAGGACCAGUCCCAUUUGACAUAGGAGACUUAAUAAUCCCAUUUGUCAUUAAACUUGACCUCUCCGGCAACAAAUUUUCUAGCGCGAAAUCCUAA